AUGAGAAAAAGAUUCGGCUUCUUUAUCGCAGCAUCUGGUCUAUACCAGAAUGCAGUUUCCGCUUACCCCGAACAAGGGGGAAAUUUUCAUUUAAUAAGCGGAUUCAUCUGCGAUAAUAGAAUAAUCCACAUGGGAGAUUUACGAGAAGAGGCUGACGAAGCUUACGCAAGGUAUUUACGGCGAGCAUUUAUCGAUAAAUACCCCGCGCUAUUUGAGGACUUUUAUCUUUUCAGUAAUGAAGCACAGACCCUUCUCUCGUGGCCCAUUCUCGAAAGUCUAACCUCAAUCAAAUCAGGACCGGCAGGGAAAUAUCGUCUCAUAAUUGAUGUAAACAAGAAUGUACUUGGGGUGGUGACUAAAUCCAGUCCCAAAAGUGAGACCGACCAAGAGGAAUUUACUACAUGCGAACCCAUUCACUUGUUUUCCGAUAAGAAUGAUAAUAUAUCUAAGUUAUGGAUUCAGUAUUUGGAUAAUUAUUAUAAAACUCUUGGUUUCAUAUGUGACGGAGAAUUUUUAGAUGAAAAAGCUUAUCUCUACACUGUAAAUAUGAUAAAAAAAUAUGGGCCUGGAAAUGGAAAAAAAGCUGCCUCGACUCCAACUAAAUUUUCUUCUUUUACUGAUAAGCACGAUCCAAAUCUUACACUCUAUGGAUACCCUCUCCGUAAAUUGAAUACUAAGGGUCACCCUUCAGGUCCAGUCAAAACGCAUCGUGUUAUUUUUUACCUUCAAGAAGACAAGGAAGUUGUAAUCAAAGCAGUUGUAAGCAGUGGACACGAUGAUAAACGAUGCUCAAAAGUAUGGUCAUUGUUACCACCAAGAACUACGCGUAAAUCAUCAUCCGCAAUCAUUCGUGCAGUCAAAUUGAUGGAUAAUUACCAUUUCAAGUGUAAAAACAUGUAUAUUAAGGCAUCAACUUUACAACUCCAAGUAAACUUUGCACGGGAUCAGGUGCGAUACGCUACGUUUCCUGACGGUAUCAAUUAUCCCAUUUUACAAAAUGAAAGCCUACGGCUCUGGCCACUAAGACUUCCGGAAUCAAGUACAUGGAGUAAAUAA